AUGCAACAGAAAGCUAGAGCUCAGAAAAUAGAUGAGAAACCAUGCCUUACUCGUCGGAAUUGGUGGCCGGAGGAGAGAGAUCGAGCGGUGAGAAAUUCUGUCAAAACCGGCUUGUUUUCGAUUGAUUCCGGCAAGCACAGUGGACGGUGGUGGCUGAGACUGUUUGGGAAAGGACGAGGGAGAGGUGGCGGUUCGAACGAGACCGGUCUCGAGGCAGGUCGUUGA